ACAUUAGAAAAGCUUCAUAAUCACAAGAGAGAUGGGAGAUCAUCAACAUGCAUCAAUGGCAGGCUCUUUGUCAAUUGAUCAUCAUCAACAUACAGAAGAAACCCUAAAUGAUUCCACCAAAAAAUUUGAUCUUCCAGUAGAUUCCGAACACAAAGCCGAAUCCAUCAAGAUCUUCUCCUUUGUUCAACCCCACAUGAGAUCAUUCCACCUUUCUUGGAUGUCCUUCUUCACUUGUGUCGUCUCCACUUUCGCAGCCGCCCCACUAAUCCCCGUCAUUCGUGACAACCUUAAUCUCCUCAAUUCCGACAUAGGAAACGCCGGAGUUGCCUCCGUCUCCGGCAGCAUAUUCUCCCGGUUAGUAAUGGGCGCACUCUGCGACCUUAUCGGUCCCCGCUACGGCUGCGCCUUCAUAAACCUCCUAGCCGCCCCGACCGUCUUCUGCAUCUGCUUCAUCACCACGGCCGAAGGGUACAUUGCGAUCCGGUUCAUGAUCGGGUUCUCGCUAGCUACAUUCGUGUCGUGUCAGUACUGGACAAGUGUCAUGUUCAAUAACAAGAUCAUUGGACUCGUAAACGGGACCACCGCCGGUUGGGGUGACAUGGGCGGCGGAGUGACUCAGCUCUUGAUGCCCUUUCUUUACCACAUCAUCAAGGAAUCCGGCGCCACCCAUUUUACGGCGUGGCGAAUAGCGUUUAUGGUACCAGGAUGGCUCCACGUCAUCGUAGGGAUUCUAGUGCUGACUCUUGGCCAGGACUUGCCUGAUGGAAACUUUAGUGAAUUACAAAAGAAUGGUGAUGUCCCAAGAGACAAGUUCUCUAAGGUAUUUUGGUACGCGGUUAGCAAUUAUAGGACAUGGGUAUUUUUCUUGAUAUAUGGUUACUCAAUGGGAAUACAAUUGUGCAUCAAUAAUGUUAUUGCAGGCUACUUUUAUGAUAGGUUUGAUCUGAAACUACACACGGCGGGAAUAAUUGCGGCAGUAUUCGGCAUGGCAAAUAUAUUCUCGCGUCCGUUUGGAGGGUAUGCAUCGGACAUUGCAGCCCGGAGAUUUGGGAUGAGAGGUAGGUUAUGGGCCCUAUGGAUACUUCAAACCCUAGGGGGACUUUUUUGCAUUUGGUUAGGCCGUGCCAACUCCCUUCAUAUAGCCAUAAUUGCUAUGAUUCUCUUCUCGAUUGGAGCCCAAGCGGCUUGUGGGGCAUCCUAUGGAAUCAUUCCAUUUGUGUCAAGGCGUGCCCUCGGCCUAAUUUCUGGCCUAACCGGAGCUGGUGGCAACCUUGGUGGAGGUCUCACUCAACUCAUCUUCUUCUCCAGCUCAAAGUACUCCACCGCCGAUGGACUAACCUGGAUGGGAGUUAUGACCGUGGCCUGUACUAUUCCGGUCGCGAUUAUCCAUUUCCCACAAUGGGGGAGUAUGUUCUUGCCGCCUUCUAAAAAUACUAAGUAUUCCACGGAAGAACAUUACUAUGCCUCCGAGUGGAAUAAGGAGGAAAGAGACAAUGGGUUGCACCACGGCAGCCUUAAAUUUGCCGAGAACAGUCACUCGGAGCGCGGUAGAAGUUAUGAACCCGCAUCAAAUCCGGUUCACUUUGAUAAUGUUUAAUUAUUAAUUAAUAUGUUGUGUUUCGUAAAAUAAUUAAUUAAUUAAUUAAUUAGGAGGAUAUUAUAUAUAGUUGAAGUCAACAAAUAUAUAAAAUAAUAUAUAUAUAUAAUAUUAAUGAGCAGUUUGUAAUAUAAUGGGAAGUCUUGUUUGUCUAC